UAUUACAAGAACUCAUCUGUAGCUUUGGAGCUAGCUUGGCAGUUGGUUGUUUUCCUGAUAGCCGCCCGGGGUUCCCACUUGUCGUCACCGCUGAACUCCAUCGCUGCAAAAUCGAUUACCACAGCGGCUCACCGGGCAGAAAAUAAGUUCCAGAUGGAUCAACAGGAUCAACCCUAUAUGUUUGCCAGUCUCACACGGCCGCAUUCGGAACAGUUGCUGCAAGGCCUUCAGCUCUUGCGGCAGGAUCACGAACUAUGUGACAUUGUGCUCCGUGUGGGUGACGCCAAGAUCCAUGCCCACAAAGUAGUGCUGGCCAGCAUCAGCCCAUACUUCAAGGCCAUGUUCACGGGUAACCUGUCCGAAAAGGAGACGGCUGAAGUUGAAUUCCAAUGCAUUGACGAGACAGCAUUGCAGGCCAUUGUUGAGUAUGCUUACACUGGCACAGUAUUUAUCUCCCAGGAAACUGUGGAAUCCCUGCUACCAGCAGCCAACCUCCUCCAGGUCAAGCUCGUACUAAAGGAGUGCUGCUCCUUCUUAGAGAGUCAGCUGGAUGCUGGGAACUGUAUCGGCAUCUCCCGUUUUGCAGAGACAUAUGGCUGCCAUGAUUUGUGCCUGGCUGCAACUAAGUUCAUCUGUGAGAAUUUUGAAGACGUUUGUCAGACCGAGGAGUUUUUUGAACUAACAAGGGCAGAGUUGGAUGAAAUAGUAUCUAAUGACUGCCUUAAAGUGGUGACAGAAGAGACUGUAUUUUAUGCCUUGGAGUCAUGGAUUAAAUAUGAUGUAACUGAACGACAACAGCAUUUAGCUCAGUUGCUGCACUGUGUGCGCCUUCCGCUCCUCAGCGUCAAAUUUCUGACUCGUUUAUAUGAAGCAAACCAUCUUAUACGAGAUGACCACGCGUGCAAGCACCUGCUCAAUGAGGCCCUCAAAUAUCAUUUUAUGCCUGAGCACCGACUGUCGUAUCAAACUGUCCUGUCUGCACGACCCAGGUGUGCCCCAAAGGUGCUGCUGGCAGUAGGAGGCAAGGCUGGACUGUUUGCCACAUUAGAAAGCAUGGAGAUGUAUUUCCCUCAGACAGACUCAUGGAUAGGUCUAGCCCCACUCAGCGUACCCAGAUACGAGUUUGGAGUGGCAGUUCUUGACCACAAGGUGUACGUGGUGGGAGGCAUCGCAACACAUAUGCGUCAGGGCAUUAGUUACAGGAGACAUGAAAGCUCAGUGGAAAGCUGGGACCCGGAAAGCAACACCUGGUCUUCAGUCGAGCACAUGGCCGAAUGUCGCAGUACACUUGGGGUGGUGGUCCUUGCUGGAGAGCUAUAUGCACUAGGAGGCUACGAUGGCCAAUAUUACCUCCAGUCCGGGGAAAAAUACGUCCCCAAGUUGAAGGAGUGGCAGCCUGUAGCACCCAUGACCAAGUCUCGCAGCUGCUUUGCCACCGCUGUGCUGGAUGGCAUGGUGUAUGCCAUUGGGGGAUAUGGACCUGCGCACAUGAACAGUGUGGAGCGGUACGAUCCGAGCAAGGAUGCCUGGGAAAUGGUAGCCCCCAUGGCAGACAAGAGGAUCAACUUUGGUGUUGGCGUCAUGCUUGGCUUCGUAUUUGUGGUGGGGGGACACAAUGGAGUCUCUCACCUGUCCAGCAUCGAGAGGUAUGAUCCGCAUCAAAACCAGUGGACAGCCUGUCGACCAAUGAAUGAUCCACGCACUGGUGUGGGCUCGGCUAUUGUGGACAAUUACCUGUAUGUGGUGGGAGGUCACUCGGGAUCCUCUUACCUGAACACUGUCCAACGCUACGAUCCCAUUUCAGACAGUUGGUUGGACUCCAGCGGCAUGAUGUACUGUCGCUGUAACUUUGGUCUGACUUCCCUUUGACCCAUGGCCCAGCCAGCUAGCACUUAAUGAGACCCCUAAUUAGACAUGAAGACACCCCCCUCUCCCUCCAUUCAUCCUCCUGGUGCAAAGGAGUGCAAAACACCAGCAAGAGAGGCUGUGGAGGACGAGGACGUGGAUGGAUGGACGGACGGAUGGAUGGCCAUGGGGGGAGGUGUAGGCUGCAAACAUGAUUAAGAGCUUCACUCUUCUGCGGAUGAAAAUGUCUGAUGAUCGGUUGUCUGCUCUCAUGGCCACAAAAGAGACGACUGCUCUGUCUGCUGGACCACAAUGAGGACUAGGAGCCAUUUCCCCAGAGGACUGUGGGAGAAACCUGUCACUUUUCUUUGAAUAUUUAGUUACUUUGACCAUUUUUUUUCUUCCAUGCCUUGUAACACUUAAAUCUUUUUCUAAUUUCCCUUGCUGCAACACAAGGACCAUGUGUUCAACGUCUGGAGAACACCGUAGUUUUCUUGUGAAUACAUGUUUGUUAGCCGUAUAGAUGGGUGUGUGACAGUGUGUAUGCUCGAGCGGUAUGUGCAUGUCGGAUAGCAUUGUUUUUGUUUGGUGUCUGCAUGCAGAACGGAUGCUCGUGCCUGAUGACACGAGGUUCUGCAACACAAUAUGUGCGUCACAAAAUGAGGACUUAGAAUAUUUUUUUUUCCACAAGGGCUGCCUUUCUUUCUUGUGUAAAUAGUCCAAAUUCAAUAUAUAGAUAUAAGUAUAUCCUUAAUGCAUCGCCCUGUAAAUGUAAAAACCACACUGGGUUGUGUCUGUAUGUAUGUGGAUGAGGAGGUGAGGAAUUCUGAAGUCAACCUCUCGUCUGCGUCAUUGUCUGGUUUUGCCUCUGUUGUGUCUUUCAGGGCAUGUAGUGCACUCACUCUUCUUUUUGUCGAACCUGACCCUCUUUGCACCCUUUGGUCUGUCUGCAAUGCCAACUGGUGCUAUUUUUAGGAUUCAACUGCAGAUCUGUGUUGCCUCACACAACUGGGUCAACCGCUGUCUGCUUCAUGGCUGUCUUAGGUGUUCAUUUGUUAAAACACACGCACCACACCGUACAAAGAUGAAAAGCGCGCACACCAUCGCUCAUAUUUUAUGUGAGAUUUAUUUAUUUUUUGCAUUUUAUCCAGAAGCCAUGUACCCAGAAUCAAUGGCUCAGAUGUAGGUUAAAUGUAUUAUUCAUGCCAACAAAACUUUGGUCACAAUCCCAACAAGUGCCAAAGCAUUAUGCAUCUUUGGUGCAACACCUGAUCAACCCCUCCGCCACCCUACCAUACCGGCAAAGAAAUUUCUUGUGUGCCACAAUGUCAAGAUUAUUAUUAAUUCUAUUUUGUGGCAUUAAUGCUGUCAAACAGCAUGCUGACUGGCGGACAAAAUAUUGAAGGAUAAUGGAAGUCUAUGGAAUGGAAGUGUAGAUUAUGUUGGCACUUACCAAACUCUAUGGUACAUAUUGUAAGUUGUACAUUAUGUUUUAAUGUAGGCUAGCGGGAUUUAGAUCAUGCAAUAAGACUUCCUGUUAGAGUUGUGUCUCUCUUUAAAAAGCCAAGGCGAUUUAUUGCUGUAACAGAGCAUGUGUUUAACACUUGUGGCCGCUCAUGUUGUUGUACGACUUAAACACCACAUGGUGUUGCUGACCUUUGGCCUCAUCAUGAUGUCCAUGUUUUAUUUUGUUUAUAUGAAUGUUAAAUUUAGGUUAUGUUUAGCUCCAGGUCGAUUCAAAUGGAUUGUUCCAAAUACUAUAAUCACAUUUUUGGCAUAUGAGCUACUGUUUAAGUAGCUGGUAGAUUCCCACUUCCACAUUGGCCCCGUGCUUUAAUAAGCUAGAAUUAACCAUUACUUCUGUGACCUGUUCAAACCAGUAGAAAUUUAAGUUUCACCCUUGCAAACUGAUAAGGGUUUUGUUUAAACUGUUUAUUUAAAAAAAGUUUUUAAAUUUUGUGUAAUAUUUAAAACAAAUGUGAAUGAAUGAAAUAUUUAUGUUUUUGUUUCAUGUUCUGUAACUUUGUCUUUUCUUUUUUUUUUGCUCCCUUCCUGAGGGUGCAGCACAAAUCACGCAGGCGUAAUUUUGUGCUGCUGCCAUGAUACAUUUGUGUUUUUGGUUUUUUUUAAGUGUACGCCAACUGCUUUUUGAGAAAGGCUAACGAAAAAUCUGCAAACGUGAAUCUGCAAAAAGAAAAUGGAAGCUAAACGUGAGUUUAUACGUAUGUUCUCUUGUGGCCUAACUAAUGCCAUUGCCACCACUCUUACCAAAGUGCUUGUUCAAAGAAAUCCAGUCCACUCGUAUGCGGUUUGUCUGGAGGUAAAGAAAACCCUUUGAAACUGAUGUCAAUGCUAGCCAAAUGACCACUCUGCUUUUUUUUUCCAUGUCCCAUUUGUACACCUGGAGUGAGGUGAUGAUCUUGAACUUUAGUAUCCUGUGGAUGAAUACUGGAUGUACAAUCUAACCCUCAAAACCGUAGCCUUCCAUGUUUGAUUGAAAUCCAUUUUGCAUAAUAGUCUGUCUGUGAGGUGCAGUUGUACCCAGUUUUAAAAUAAAUGCCUGCCUUAAAAGGUACAGUCUGCUUUUCUCAUAUAAAAAUGUUUAUGUAUCACCAAAUACGGACGGUAUGCGAAAUGGGCCAUGCAAGCAUGCAUAAAUAACACUUUUAUAAGAUAAUUUGCUUCGAAUGUAAUUCCAAGAUGACCAGGAUGCUUUCACUAAAGGGUGUGAGUUUCUCUUCUGCAUGUGCAGGAGUGAUGCAUUCGCUUGUCAGUGGCACAGC